AUGUCGAACACCGAAAUUUACAACUUCAACUACGACACUUGGGGGCCGAUGAAGAUCCGGAGGAAGAUAAGAAGGCCGACCCGGAGAAAGGACCCGGCGAAGGGCCAGGAGUCCGAGCCGGAGGGAGACCAGGAGUCCGAGCCGGAGAAAGGACUCGGAGAAACUCCAGGAGGCCGACCGGAGAAAGCAUCCGGAGAAGAUCAGGAGGACGACCCGGAAAAAGAUCAGGGCUUGCAGCCUUGGUCUCUCGACGGGCUGCCUCUACCGCGACUGAAGGUCGAGACACACAAGAAGCCGUGCAAGGAAAUGCAUCUGAAAGAGCGCAUGAGGUAUACGCGCUGGCAGCUGGAUACGGGCCUAGCGAGGUCGUCACUGCAGCAGAGCAUGCGCCUGACGAGGUUGCACCUGCAUCGGAACCCCAAGAUUGGGAAUCGCAAGAGACAGAACCCCAAGAUCGGGAACUGCAAGAUCGGGAGCUGCAAGAUCGGGAGCUGCAAGAUCGGGAGCUGCAAGAUCGGGAACUGCAAGAUCGGGAACUGCAAGAUCGGGAACUGCAAGAUCGGGAACCCCAAGAGCCGGAACCUCAAGAUCGGGAACUACAGGAAUCCGGACCGCUUGUGUCGGUGCCGUGGGAUUCAGGGCCGCAUGUACCGGUACUGUGAGGUUCAGGACUGCAUGUGUCAGCACCGCAAGAAGCAGGACCGCUUGUGUCGGUACCUCAAGGGAUGCAAUGAAUACACGUUCACACCCGUUACUGAUACCAAUGGCAUGAAGACUAGUUAUAGUAGGCUGCAGAAGGGUAUACAAAGAUAA